UCCAUUCGUUUUACUAAAAAGUACAUAAAAAAAGUUCAAACUUCGAUUCUCCAAAAUUUCCUUUCCUCUCACACCAUGACGCCACUGUUCCUCCAAAGCCUCUAGUACCUCCAUUCCAUAACCGCUUCUCUCUCUCUCUCUCUCUCCCCUAAGCAAUACCGUAACGCAGACAUGGUUCUUGGAGCCAACGUUUGGAUUGAUGGAGUAGGAGUUGCUGCUGCUGCUGCUGCAGUGGAAGAAGAAGAGGAAGACGCCGUUUCUUCAUGGACCAGACACCAUAACAACGAUAACGAGGUUCAGCCUAAAGAAGAGGAUUUGGGUAUCAAUGCAUCUCUUUCUACUUUCAAAUCUAUGCUUGAUACCGACUGGUAUGAUAUCAACCCAUCUCCUCACCAUGACCUCCAUGCUCUCCAAAAUCACCAUGAAAUCAGAGACCUUGGUUUUUGUGCUAACCCCACACCUGAAAAUCUUCUCUUACAGCCUAUGGACUCUUCCUCUUCUUGCUCUCCCUCGCAGGCCUUUACUCUAGACCCAGCACAGGCACACCAGCCUUUUUUUCCCCCCAAAUCCUGCUUCUCUUCCCUUCUCAAUGUCACCAACGCUUUUGACAAUGGCUUCGAUUUGGGUUGCGAAAAUGCUUUUCUCGGCCAAUACCAGCCGAAUCAGGCUUCAAAUUUGAUGGGUUUUAGUGGGCCCGAGUUCCAAGCUUCCCAGUUGCUUCCGGUGUCCGAUAAUGCUGCCGCAAUCGGAGGUGCUGGGUUUAGUAAUGUAGGACUUGAGGGUUUUGAUGGUUCUACUGUGAAUGCUCUGUUUUUAAGCAGGGCUAAGGUUUUGAGGCCACUUGAGGUUUUGCCUCCAGUGGGUUCACCGCCAACUCUAUUUCAGAAGCGAGCCUUGUUAAGGCAAAGUGGGGAUAAGUUGGGGAAUUUGGAGAUAUCAGGGCUGAGAUAUGGAGGAGAAAUUGGGGGGAAUUGGGGAGAAAUGGAAAGGAAAAGAAAGAAGAGUGAAGAAGGUGAAAUUGAGGAAGCGAGCUUCGAUGUUUCGGGUUUGAAUUAUGAUUCUGAUGAGCACAAUGGAGAUGGUAAGAUUGAAGAGAGUGUGAAGAAUAACGGUGGAAGCAAUUCGAAUGCCAAUAGCACCGUCACUGUUGGAGGUGGUGGUGAUCAAAAGGGGAAGAAGAAGGGGAUGCCGGCAAAGAAUUUGAUGGCUGAGAGAAGGAGAAGGAAGAGGCUUAAUGAUAGACUCUACAUGCUUAGAUCUGUUGUCCCCAAGAUUAGCAAGAUGGAUAGAGCUUCAAUACUUGGGGAUGCCAUUGAUUAUUUAAAGGAGCUUCUGCAAAGGAUCAAUGAUCUUCAUAAUGAAUUGGAGUCAACCCCACCUGGUCCUUUGUUGCCUCAAUCUACAAGUAUUCAUCCGGUGACUCCGACACCUCCCGCCAUACCUUCCCGCGUGAAGGAAGAACUAUGCCCUAGCUCGUUGUCAAGCCCUAAAAACCAAGCUACAAGGGUGGAAGUUAGGGUAAGGGAAGGAAGGGCAGUCAACAUCCACAUGUUUUGUGCUCGCAGACCAGGUUUAUUGCUCUCCACUAUGAGGGCUCUGGACAACCUUGGGUUGGAUAUUCAGCAGGCUGUCAUCAGUUGUUUCAAUGGGUUUGCACUCGAUGUGUUUCGAGCUGAGCAAUGCAGGGAAGGUCAGGAUGUCUUACCAGAGCAAAUCAAAGCAGUACUUCUUGAUUCAGCUGGCUUUCAUGGAAUGAUGUGACCCGCAGUUUGUAUACAUGCAAAUCAUAUCUACAAACUGAGGCACUAACUUUAGUUCUCUGGCUGAAGUAGUCUGUAAAUGGAGUUCACUGCUCAAUUUACAUUGAUAAAAGAGUGUGUAACAUGACACCACUGUCAUCAUACACCUGGUGAUUAUUGUAGGUUGGACAAUCAACAUUAGCAGACAUGCUUCAAAAGCAACAGGAUAGUUAUGGUGUUGUCUUCAGUAAUUUUUGCUUUAGAAUAAAACAUCCUUUCAAGUUUUUUUCUUUUCUGGAGUAAUGCUUCCUGUUUUUAAGUUAAAUAAUAUUGUUCAGUUUUUGAUUGCUUGGA